AUGAAGCUUCUUGCUCUUCUCAGUCUUGUCUAUCCUGUAGCCGUUCUUGCUGUCCCUGGUGACCCUUGCUCUAAAGGCUAUGGCGCUGACUGCAUCUGCCUGUCGACUGAGACUUGUGAUCAGUACAAGGGCACAGCAAUCAAGGGAACGAAAGGAAACUUCCCUUGCCCCAAAGAUCCAGACGACAUCAUCGGCUGUGUAAUCAAGCCAUGCAAGAACAGGAGCGGUAACACGCAAUGCCUCUGGAAGAGCGCAUGCAAUGAUGUAAUGCCAGUUGCUGCUUGUCCCGGCGGUAAGGACUUUGUCUGCUGCAACCACCAACUCGAGCCCAGUGGCCACAGCUCUGGCACAUCACAGACUUCCACCGCCACGACUUCCGAAGAGACUGAGACGUCCACUUCUCCACCAACCACGACUACAAGCGAGACGCACCAGUCUACACAAACCAGUGUUUCCGAAACCACUACAUCCAGCACUGCGGAGACUUCUGCCCCUACCACAUCCAUCACUUCAGCUCCUGCUGGUACCUCCAACUCUACGGCUCCCACGACGACUCCCUCUACGGCUGCUGCUGCCACUAAUGGCCUUGCGGCAUCAGAGCUGUUCGGUGGCCUAGUGGCAGUGUUUGCUGCUUUGCUGUGA